GGAGUACCCGAUAGAUGCCUCCGGGGUCUGCUUUCAUGUCCUUAAACAGACUCGUUGCAUCUCCUUUUUGAACUUCGCGGGUUUUCGCAUUCCAGCCCAAGACCCAUGCAAUAAACCCUAGAAAAAUCAUUGCCAACACUUCACCCUGUCAUGCAACUCUCAGAAAUGCGGGCUCUGCGGACUCUCUACUCCCAGAAACACCUUCUCAACCCCACCAGACGUACACCCGGGAAGCCUUCUUCCCUCGCCCUCUGCAAAUCCUCGCAAAAUCCCCAUGUCCCCCACCAUCGCACCAGACUCAUUCAUUCCACCAGCGGCCGCCACAGUGAAGAAUCGAGCCCCAAAGUCGAUGGCCCCAAGGGAUGGAGUAGUUCAAGUUCGUGGAUUAUUAAUAAUAACAGUAUGGAAAGUGAUGAAAACGCCACUAUUUUUACUGUUUAUAAUCCCGUCUCCGGCCAGCUAGCAGCGCAGAGAGGAAUAGAAGGAAGUGAUAUUCAAGAGCCGGAGCCGAAUAGUUCAGAGAAAGGUGAGAUUUCGCGAGAAAGAUCGAAUGGGAAUUUUGGAAAAGUGAACUCCGUUGGUGGGUAUCGCGAAAUUGUGCGGAAUAAGAAGAAGGGGAAGAGUAAGGUUUGCUGGGUGUGUGCAGAUUGUGGGCAUUCGGAUGGACAGUGGUGGGGAACGUGCCGAGCCUGCAAUAGCGUGGGCACGAUGAAGCAGUUCUCCCCAGGGGAGGAUCGUGGUGGUGGGGUGUCGACGAGCGGGUUUGAGGUGUCAGAGAGUAAAGUGAGGUCGUGGCUACUGCCCCAGCCAGACAAGAUGCGGCCUAUACGGUUGACUGAAGUGAACCGGGGAGAUGAUCAGUUGGAUUGGCGGAUCCCUUUGCCUGGACUCUUUGGAACUGAAGUUGCUAGGGUGCUUGGUGGUGGUCUUGUCCCAGGUUCAUUGGUUCUGGUUGGUGGUGAUCCUGGUGUUGGUAAGAGUACGCUGUUGUUGCAGAUUGCUGCAAUGAUAGCUGAAGGAUGUGGGUUUAAUGCACCAGCGCCAGUUUUGUAUGUUUCUGGUGAAGAGAGUGUUGAACAAAUUGGAAACAGAGCAGACCGCAUGAAGAUUGGAACAGGAGAACUUUUCCUAUAUUCAAGUACUGAUAUUGAGGACAUACUAGAGAAGAUUCAACAUGUUUCCCCUCGAGCAUUGGUUGUUGAUUCCAUUCAAACAGUUUAUUUGAAAGGAGUGACUGGAAGUGCUGGAGGUCUAUCGCAGGUGAAGGAAUGCACAUCAGCCUUGCUGCGUUUUGCUAAGAAGACAAAUAUUCCUGUUCUUUUGAUUGGACAUGUGACAAAAUCUGGAGAUAUUGCGGGUCCACGUGUCUUGGAGCACAUCGUUGAUGUUGUUUUAUAUAUGGAAGGGGAGAAACAGUCAUCUCAUCGUUUGCUUCGAUCUGUGAAGAACCGUUUUGGCUCCACGGAUGAGCUUGGAGUAUUUGAAAUGUCACAAUCAGGACUGCAAGCUGUUAUGAACCCCAGUGAGAUAUUCUUAAGUGAGCAGCACCCAGAUUCAGACUGUUUAGCUGGACUAGCUGUCGCUGUAAUAAUGGAUGGAUCCAGGGCUUUUCUUCUUGAAAUUCAGGCAUUGUGUUUAUCUGGUUCAUCAGUUGCAAGGCACACUAAUGGGGUUCAAGCAAGCAGAGCUGACAUGAUAAUUUCGGUUCUCAUGAAGCAAGCUGGUCUGAAGCUCCAAGAGAAUGCCAUCUUUUUGAAUGUUGUUAGUGGGGUGACGAUGUCAGAGACUGCUGGGGAUCUUGCAAUAGCAGCAGCAAUAUGCAGCAGCUUCUUGGAGUUUCCUAUUCCCUGUACUGUUGCUUUUAUUGGAGAAAUUGGCCUUGGUGGGGAGCUUCGCAUGGUACCCAGAAUGGAGAAGAGGGUAAGCACUCUGGCAAAGCUGGGAUACAGAAAGUGUAUUGUCCCCAAAUCAGCUGAGAAGCAUCUAGCAGCUGUAGAUUUUGGUGAGUUAAAGAUUGUGGGCUGCAGGAAUUUGAAAGAGGGGACGGUUAGCCCAGUCAUAGGCCAUGACGAAUGGCAACGCUUAACAUACAAGUAUAUCCCUAGUCCAACGUUUACCAAUUUAAUGGAAUUUGGUUGGUUUAGGGUUGAGCAUGUUUUUGUUUUAAGGAAUUAGCAAUAGAAUUUUGUCAAUGGGUGGUAUUCCUUUGUUCAUUUUUCACUAAUGGGAGUGAGAACAUUGCAUGGAUAUAAUAUUUGUCAAUGGAGGCAUGAGCAUGCUUUCUUGCCUCUGAAACGUCCAUUUCAGUCUUCUGUCAAACCAUUUUUUGAUGACAAUGAAGCUUUGCAUGUUCCUGGUUUUUUUA